AGCCCGCCAGAUAAAAUGUUACCUCACUCUUUGAGUAAUAUUAACUCUACUUUGAAUUUAGUUCUCCUCAGCUCAUCUGUGUCUUUAUAUGAAAUUCUCACUCCCUUAAUGGAUGGCAGAAAUGGGUGUUGAGCACCAAUGAAAUGCAGAGCUGUACAAAGAGAUCUAGUCCCUCCCCCAUGCAGCCACACAGUCACAAUCUCUACCUCUGCAAGCAGAUGGAUGAAACGGAGCGAUGCUACUAACACAGCUAAAGCAAACCAAACAAAUACACAUGUUUUUUAGUCGUGAUUGUGGAAUCUUUCGUUUGAUCGAUUCUUUACUGCCAUGGACGACAUUGAUAUUUUUCCUUCUUGACCAUUUCACUGGAAAAUAAUUCUUGAGAAUCUGGGAUGACAAAGACAAAAGGUUCCCGGGACUGGAGAUGGAAAGCGCUCUGGUGGAAUCAGUUAUUUCUCCUGUGGAGUACAAUAGAAGCACAGACUCGCUACAGCAUCCCAGAGGAACUAAAACCGGGUUCUGUGGUCGGAAAUCUCGCCAAAGAUUUGGGUUUUUCAUUAUCUGAGAUUUUUGACCGUAAGCUGCGGGUCGCCUCUGAGGCUGGCGAGCAGUAUUUCAGCGUGGAUGCGGGGAAGGGCGAGCUGGUGGUGAAUGACAGAAUAGACAGAGAGGCUCUGUGUGGACAAAGCGCCAGCUGUGUUUUAACUCUGCAAAUUGUUAUUGAUAAGCCUUUACAGCUGUACCGAGUAGAAGUGGAAAUACAAGAUGUGAAUGAUAAUUCUCCCACGUUUCCGUCGACAGAAAAAAUAUUGCAAAUAGCCGAGUCGGCAGCGGCGGGGACGCAUUUUCCGCUAGAAACAGCUCAAGAUCUUGAUGUUGGCGUUAACUCGGUGAGAUCUUAUACUUUGAGCAAAGAUGAGUUCUUUAGUCUGAAAAUUAAAGAAGUGUCUGGUGGAAAGAGAGUUCCAGAGUUAGCGCUGUCUAAAUCUAUUGACAGAGAGAAAAAACCCACACAUACACUGACUCUCACUGCAGUAGAUGGGGGAAAUCCAGUAAGGUCUGGGACCUGUCAAAUAACGAUAAAUGUCCUUGAUAAUAACGACAAUUUUCCUGCAUUUGAGAAAAGCAUAUACAAAGUGUCCAUAGGUGAAAACGCGCUGAAAGGGGCUCCAGUUCUUACACUGGCUGCAAAAGAUGCUGAUGAAGGUCUUAACGGAGAGGUUGAAUUUGCUUUUGGUGCGCACACACCAGAUAACGUCAGAUCUGUUUUUGAUAUUGACCCAUUAACUGGGGAAAUACGCCUGAUUGGUCAUUUAGAUUUUGAAACCAACUCUAAUUAUGAGAUAGACAUUUCCGCUACAGAUAAAGGAAGUCCGAGAAUGGAGGGUCAUUGCACUGUCCAUGUUGAAGUCUUAGACGUUAAUGAUAAUCCUCCAAAUAUAUUUCUGACCUCUCAACCAAACUCUGUGCCUGAGAAUUCACCGAGUGGGACUGUAGUGGCUUUAAUUAGCGCAAGAGAUGUUGACACUGGAGAUAAUAGUAAAGUAAUACUACAUCUUAAUAAAAAUGUUCCUUUUAAACUAAAAGCGUCAUUUUCUGAUAACUAUGCUUUGAUUACAAACGGUCCUUUAGACAGAGAAAAAUUCUCAGAGUAUGAAGUUGAGAUAACCGCGACUGAUUUAGGUUCACCACCAAUGAGCAGUAAGAAGACAAUAAACGUUAAUAUUACUGAUGUAAAUGACAAUCCACCUGUUUUUACGCAAUUCACAUAUAGUGUGUAUUUAAAAGAAAAUGGAUUACCGGGAUCUAUACUAUAUUCAGUGUCCGCAUCUGAUCUGGAUUCUGGUGAAAACGCAAAGAUCUCUUACUCCAUACUGGACUCUAAAGUGCAGGACGUCUCUGUCUCGUCUUAUGUUUACAUUAACUCAGAUAACGGGAGCAUCUACAGCAUGCACUCGUUUGACUAUGAGAAGCUGAAAGUGUUUCAGAUUCAGGUUCAGGCAAAGGACCAGGGCUCUCCCUCUCUCAGCAGCAACGCCACUGUCCAUGUUUUCAUCCUGGACCAGAACGAUAAUACCCCCGCUGUUAUUUACCCCUCCUCCGCUGCCCUGGGCUCCCUCUCUCAUCAGAGGAUGCCCCGCUCCGCUAAAGCGGGUCACCUGGUUACCAAAGUAACGGCCGUGGACGCUGAUUCGGGCUAUAAUGCCUGGAUCUCAUACAGACUAGCAGAGGCCACAGACGCCUCUCUGUUCACCGUCAAUCAGUACACAGGAGAGGUGAGGACUAAACGCGCUGUGUACGAGCAGGACGACUCCUCUCAGAGGCUGCUGAUAGAGAUCAAGGACGACGGGCAGCCGGUUCAGUCUGCCACCGCCACGGUGUCCAUCCUACUGGAGGACGGUCUCCAUGAACCCAUUUUAGACCUCCGACACAAAAUGUCCGAGCCCAGCAAGAAAACUGGCAGAAUCACCCUUUAUUUGAUUCUGUCUCUGGCCUCAGUGUCCGUGCUGUCUCUGGUGACUUUUCUCAUCCUGGCGGUGAAAUGCAUCAGGGGCAGCAGAAGCAGCGGGAGCUGCUGCAUGAGAAGGAGCGACUGUGAUGAUUACAAGAACCCCAACAGAAACCUGCAGAUUCAGCUCAACACUGAUGGACCUAUAAAAUACGUGGAGGUCCUGGGAGGAGACAUGAUGUCUCAGAGUCAGUCGUUCAGGUCCUGCAUGUCUCCGAUGUCAGAGUACAGUGAUUUCACAUUGAUCAAACCCAGCAGCACCACAGAUUUUAAAGAAGUCAUCAGUGUUCUGGACGCGUCUUUACCCGACAGCACCUGGACCUUUGAGAGCCAACAGCAAAAGCCCCCCAACAAUGACUGGCGCUUCACACAAGGACAGAGGCCUGGACCUAGUGGUCCCCACAUGCCGUACGGUACACACAUACGAUGGACGCCGAAGAAUGGGACAAGGGCAACUGGAGGACCUGAGGUAGCCAUGGGAACUGGCCCCUGGCCCCAGCCCCCCACCGAAGCCGAGCAGCUUCAGGCACUGAUGGCAGCAGCCAACGAAGUAAGUGAGGCGACGGCCACCCUCGGGCCCGGCACCAUGGGCUUGAGCACCCGCUACAGCCCCCAGUUCACCCUGCAGCACGUCCCCGACUACCGCCAGAACGUCUACAUCCCCGGGAGCACGGCCACCCUCACCUCCAACCCUCAGCAGCAGCAGGCUACGGCCCAGCAGGCCACGCAGCAGGCGCUGCCUCCGCCUCAGGCCUCGGCACAGGCUGAGCCUCCAAAGGCCGCCCAGACCCCCGCCUCCAAGAAGAAGUCCACCAAGAAGGAGAAGAAGUAGAUGCUGGUGGAGAGGAGGUGGAGGCAUGAUGAAGUGAUGAGAAACCCAACCCCCCAUGCCCCACCAUUAGGUAUCUGCUGUCACAUGGACGCUGUUGGUGGUUCUUUGAAGAUUUUCUCCAAGAAUCCAAAUGUGCUGGAGGUUUUAGUGUUACUAACCCAUGUUGUGCUUAAAGGUCUAGUAUUGUUCAUGUAAUCUUUGUGGGUAGAUAUUUUUUGGCUGGGUAUGGGGGGUUGCUGUUGGUCCCCCCCCCCAUUAUUUUCUUUAAAUGAAAAAAAAAAAAAUUAAUGGACAAAGAGAUUCAGUGUAGAAAACCUUGCUGGAAUGACAAGGCUACACACAGCGAUGUAUUCAGAGAUGAAAAGUUAAUGUCUUUCAUGUUGGAUUUAUUGUGCACUUUCCGAAAGUGGAAAGCCGGCUAUUGUAAAGUUUGCUAGUUGCCAUUCAUUAUAUUCCUCUGUAGGGCCAGCCGUAAAGCAUAAGGCUGCUGUUUGACAGGUAUUACAGACUCUUCUGCAUGCUCAUUAAGGUUCAAACCACAUAUGCUAGUUUAGAGUUGCAAACUAUGCAUUGCAAAAGCAAAGAGAGGAACAUUCUGAAUCCUUGUUCCUCCCUCCAAUCGCAGGUCAACGUAAUGCACAUGUAGUGUUUACUUGACAGAAAACGAGAAUAACUUUUGUAAUCAUAGUUUUAAGGGAAAAAAAAAAGAUAUAAGAAUUUAAUCUUCUGAUAUUUUCUAUGAUCUGAGCAUGCACCCGCAGUUGAAGGGAGGGGUUGGCAGAGGACUGUGGUGAAGGCAUGGCACGUACUCAGAUUUAUCCUGGUUACCUGUAUAAAACCUCAGGACGAGUACAGACAUGUCCUGCUGCCCUCUCCCCCCCCCCUUGCGCCCAGCUAGUGUCCUUCCCUCACCCCCAAUUUGAGCCAAACUAUGAGAAAUGCACUGUUCAUAUGCUGAAGAAGAAACCGAGUUGAGGUUGUAAUCACUUCAAUCUUUAGGGAAACAUGUAGAUGUGGUAAACUUAAGUGCUUAGGAGUUUCUAGACACUUUGUAAGCCUCUAGGGCACUUUCUUGAGGUGCUGAAAAGAAAUUUCUUGAUGUGUUUUCUUUCCUUUUUUUUUCCUUUUGGGAUAUAUUGAUUCAAUAGCAUAAAAGGGGUUUGUUUUAAGAUACUUUGCCAUAUAUCUGUCUGUCAGGAUAAAACUGCAUGAAAAAGAGGGCAGCUCGCAGGCUGGGUCAAAGGGGAGCAAAAGGGGAUCGGUGGGAGCUAAACCGAUCGAGGUGGGGUACAACCUACAACCUUUGGCUCUGCCCACUGAAUGUACAGAGGAACCAAUGCUGGCCUGCCCGCCCUUUUUAAUUUUCUCCAAUGCACUGACCCUGAUAGAGGUCAACAGAGCCAAGCACAGUCAAACCUGUUGGUGAGGAGACGCCCCUCUGGGGCAUCUUCUCCACUUUUGAAAUCAGUGGCAAACACGACCCUCUCCGCCUCUCACCUGUCUGCGUCCGCUCCCCCCUCGUUCUGCGAGGCUCCCACCCCGCUGUAAAUAAACACGAGUCCAGUUGAUGGUAUGAGCCAAGUAUUUGUACAGCAGGGACCUUCUCCAACUGUCCCCUCUCAACAAGGCGCGGCUUACUACUUGAAUGUGUUUGCAUUUUGUUUUUCAAGAAAAAUAAAAACCACAGCUUAAAAAAAACAAAAAACAACAAAAAAAAAAACCACAAAAAAUUUAUCAACAAUAAUCAAAACGUUUGACAUGUUCUUCAACAGUUUGUGUUGCAAUGUAGUAACUGAGCACCAUUGAAGCCAACUAACUCUUCAGUGUAAAUAAAUGACUUAAAGAUAACUUUAGAUGAGUAAAAAACAAAGUGACACACGUAGACUAGUUAACUUGUGGUAUGUGUUGCGCAUAUUUUUGUGUUUAUUUUCCUCUUUACUACCCUUUAUCACCCUGUAAAGAAAUGAGACAAAAAAAAAUAUGGAAGUCUUUCUAUCCUUCUGUAACCUCUUAAUGUUACUUUGCGGUGAUUUUUCUCUUGUGCAUUUGUGAAAUAAUGCCUCUCAUUCUCUUUCUGUCCAUAUGAACAAAUGAUUAUAAAUAUUAUAUAUGUGUAAGUCCGUCCGCUGCUGAAUUAAUACUACUCUAUCCUGCUGUAUUAUCUUUCUUAUAAAAUGCUUUGCCCUCUCCCCACGCUACAACCCUGUGUUACUCUCUUAUUUUUAUGCUAAUAUUUAUAUUUCUGUUUUAUUUUCUCUUGGACACUGACAUUUCAAAUAAAAGAAAUCAUUUGAAAAACCUUA